GUUUGGGUCUGGGUGUGUGGUUGGGUUUAGGUUGGAACACCGUCUUUCUAUUUUUAUCAACUAAAGCAGUGGUAAUUCCGUACGAGACUUUCAGACAAGGCGGCAUUCACUUCUCUGCUUUUCUUCUUUACGGAAGCCCCGUUGUGCUUGUAGUCUCAGACCUCUGUUUAAGGGGUAUAUUUUGAUUAGGAGUGCGCGCGCUCGCUCGCGCGUGAGCAUGACCACAAUCUCUCAUUCCAUGCCAUUUACUUCAAAGCUGCCCCAAUUUUAGCGACUUUUCUAAACAAAGAUUUCCUCAUGUUUUCAGAUUUUUGAAGUCGGUGCUACGAUAGCUGUCAUCAGCAGCAUCCUCGCAUUGUUAUCUCUAGGGUUCGUGUAAUUGGGGAUUCUCAAUUUCAUUCUCUACAAUUUCUCCCUUCUCUCCUACCGCAAAGAACGCUCGUCUUUUGGAGGACCACCCCUUCCCUGUCCAUUACUCACCCUUAACUAAUUCUUCAUCGUUUGCUUCUUUUUAUCUCACAGCAUUUCCCGAAUGGUCCUUGAAAGCUUCAGCCCUCUAACUCAGGUUAUUGGUUUGUGUAGAUGAAGAUGAAGAUGGAUAUGUGUAACAACUUCUAGCAAGCUGGUAAACGGGGAAAGAAUGCCUUGCGCAACUUUUUACUUGAAGGAUCUCUAGCAUUGGCUGAAUUUUGAUUCCAAUUUUUGAGCUUCAACCUAAUCAUGGAAUACACUUCUCAUAAGGGAAAGGACAGUGGGUACUGGAAUUCUCCUCAAGCCCAUUUGGAGGGACCAGCAUCAUUAGAUGGUAGCACAAGAAAUUCAAUUUCGGAGGAUAUGCUCACCACCUUCUCUGAGCUCAUAAAUUUUGACACUUAUGCUGGUUGGUGCAAUAACUCAUCAACCACAGAUCAGGUUUUAGCUAAUGGCUUUUCAUCAUAUGCCUCGGUACCAUGUGCGUCACUUGAUGGAUUCAAUUUAAUGGAGGAGAGUAGUGGAUCGUUCUUGGCAAGUGAUGUUAAUAAGAAUUACAAUGUCACAAGAAGUUUCCCCAACUCUGGAGAGAAAGUAGCAUUUCAGCAAAUGGAGGCCCAACUUGAGUUCUCUGAUGAUGGAAAUGAUGCCAGGAAUUUAAACUGUAAACAACGUUUUCAUGAAUCCUUUGAAGAACUUAGUAACUUAGCGAUGGGCAAUUAUAUAGUUUCUAGGCCACCUGGCUGGUCACUAGAUGAGAGAAUGCUGAGGGCUUUGUCCCUUUUCAAGGAAUCUGCUGGCGGGGGAAUCUUGGCACAAGUUUGGGUACCGAGAAAGCAUGGAGAUCAAUUCAUCUUAACCACAAGUGAGCAACCCUAUUUGCUGGAUCAAAUGCUUGCGGGUUAUCGUGAAGUGUCACGGACAUUUACAUUCUCGGCAGAAGGAAGGCCAGGCUCUGUCUUGGGACUUCCUGGUCGCGUCUUUAUCUCUAAAGUUCCUGAGUGGACUUCCAAUGUUGGUUACUACACAAAGGCUGAAUAUUUGAGGAUUGAGCAUGCUAUUAAUCAUGAGGUUCGUGGAUCAAUUGCCAUUCCAGUGUUUGAUCUUUAUUCUGAAAUGCCAUGCUGUGCUGUACUGGAGCUUGUCACUACAAAGGAAAAGACUGAUUUUGAUAGAGAACUGGAAAUUGUUUGCCAAGCACUUCAGGUUGUGAAUUUAAGGACUGCUGUGACUCCCCGACUUCUUCCCCAGAGUCUCUCAAAUAACAAAAGAGCAGCUUUAAUGGAGAUAAUUGAUGUGUUACGGGCUGUGUGUCAUGCACAUAGUAUGCCUCUGGCAUUGACAUGGAUUCCGUGUUGUUACUUGAAGGGAAUUGGCAAUGAAACUGUGAGAGUACGAAUUAAGGAGGGUCAUUCAAGUUUUAGUGAUAAGUGUGUAUUAUGCAUUGAAGAAUCAGCUUGCUAUGUUAAUGAUAGAUUGAUGGAAGGAUUUAUUCAUGCAUGUAUUGAGCAUCAUCUUGAGGAAGGGCAAGGUACAGCUGGCAAAGCUAUCAUGUCAAAUCAGCCAUUCUUCUAUCCUGAUGUCAAGGCAUAUGAUGUUGGUGAAUAUCCACUUGUUCAACAUGCACGCAAAUACAAUUUGAAUGCUGCGGUUGCUAUAAGGCUAAGGAGUACCUUCACUAAUGAUGACGAUUACAUUUUAGAAUUUUUUCUACCUGUCAAUAUGAGAGGGAGUUCAGAGCAGCAACUUUUAUUGGACAACCUCUCGGGUACCAUGCAGAGAAUUUGUAAGAGUUUAAGGACUGUUACUGAUGCUGAAUUAUCAGGAACAUCAGGGUCACUGGUAAAUCUUCAAAAUGAAAAAGUACGAGAUCUUUUGCCUUUGUCUAGGAGAAACACUCAAAUAGAAUUAAUGGAUGGUGACAAGGACUCAGUCAGUAAGAUUUCAUCGAAGGAUUGCAACUUGAGAAACAAUGGAAUUGAAGCUGCUUAUAACCAGGAAAUGAAUGGGUCAAAAAGGCAGAUUGAGAAAAAGAGAAGCAUGGGUGAGAAGAAUGUCAGUUUGAGUGUUCUCCAGCAAUACUUUUCUGGUAGUCUGAAGGAUGCUGCGAAGAGCAUUGGUGUCUGUCCUACAACUCUGAAAAGGAUAUGCAGGCAGCAUGGCAUUUCGAGAUGGCCAUCCCGUAAAAUAAAUAAAGUGAAUCGUUCAUUAAAGAAAAUCCAGACCGUGCUUGAUUCUGUUCAGGGGGUGGAAGGUGGGCUAAAGUUCGACCCGUCUACUGGGGGGUUUGUGGCGGGGGGUUCAAUCAUUCAAGAAUUUGAUGCACAUGGUCGUCUUUUGUUCUCUGAGAAGAGUAUGCCCGUACAAGAUGCUGAGCGUGUUACAAAAUGUACAGUCUCAGUGCCUACAGUACAUUGCAGUGAAGGGGAGAGUUCAGCAAUUAAGUUGGAAGAUAAUGAUGUUUAUUUGUCUGAUAACCAGCUUGUGUGCUCACAAGGUGUUAUUAUCCCAAAUUCUGGCGAGGGAGACUUGAAGAAAGCCAAUGCUUCUGUUGUUAGUUGUAGUCAAUAUUCAAAAUCAAUGGCCUUGGAUGGUGGAUCAUGCCGGAUGGUCAAGGCUCAGGGUCAUCCUGUGCAAGCACCCUUUUCAGUUGCUGCAAAAGAUGGAAACGCAUGGGGUCUGAACAGGGAUAGUCGGGGAGCAAAAAAUUCUGGUCCUGAUAUUGUCUCUUGGAGUUCAAGCUCUCUGGUUGCUGAUGAGACGGAAAAUGUUGUGGAUGGGGACAACGGGAUUGUUGAACACGGCCAACGUACUUCUUAUAACGUGACAGACUCGUCCAAUGGCUCUGGUUCAAUGAUCCAUGGCAGUUCGUCUGGUGCCCUAAGCUUUGAGAAUCAGAAGCAUUCCAAAGUCAAAUCAACGUUUGUUGACAGUGGAUUAAAAAUUAUUGUGAAAGCCACCUAUAAAGAUGAUACUAUACGUUUCAAGUUUGACCCAUCUGCAGGUUGUCUCCAACUAUACGAAGAAGUAGCAACAAGAUUCAAAUUAUCAAGCGGGUCAUUCCAGCUUAAAUAUCUAGAUGAUGAAGAGGAAUGGGUGAUGUUGGUAAAUGACUCAGAUUUGCAAGAGUGCGUGGAAAUAUCGGAAGAUAUGGGCACACGUAGUGUGAAGUUUCUUGUUCGUGAUACGCCUUGCUUGUUAAGCAGCUCUGGCAGUAGCAAUUGCUUCUUGGGAGACUCCUAGCAUGUAUGGUUAUGUGACUUCAAUGUGAUCAUUGAAGUCCUGCUUUAACAAAUGGUUGGGUCUACGAUUUUACCAAUUUCAGUAGUAGAGCUGCAUGCAAGCUGGUUCGUAGAAGUAACGUACGGCCUAGAGUCCUGUGCCAGAUGCAAAGCUUCUUAUCUUCCACAGUCCUUCUAGUGCAACCAACUUUGCUGCUUCCUCAGUGGCUGCUUGGAAGAUUGAAUAAUAGGAAUUCGAGUCAAACGGAAGCACAUAGCUUGUUACCAUGUAGAUUUGUAUAUGUUAGAAGCAGAAUAGAAAUUAGAAGUUGUAGGCAAGAUUGAGGCAUAUCACUACGAUGCCUUGAUCUCAUUUUGUGUGUACAUAUGGUAUAAUUGAAGAAACUAAGGGGAGAAGAAAAGAUGUAUAGGUUUCGCUCUGUUACUCUUUAAAA